AUGAACAAGCUUGGGUUGUUGCUGAAGCUGGGGAUUCUAAUCAUACAUAGUGUUCGUGCCGCUAUCGAUCCCUGGUUUUUGAACACCCAUGUCGAAAAGAUAUUUACGGUUCGCCGGACCCUCCAAUUAAAGCAGCCUCACAUUGCUGCCUACGAAACGAAGCAAACGGUUAAUGAAUGUGUUGGACACGGCGGGUUGUUCCAUCGAAACUGUACCGCGCUAAACGGUACUGUUGCUCUGGAAAAAGGAGCCUAUACCUGGGAUGAAGAGAUACUUUUCAAAUGGGAUCUUGAAUGUACUGUCAAACUACAGCAAGCUAAAGUAUCGCUUCUGAAAAUCAUGGAAUUCCGGCAUGCCGACCCGGGGCAUCAUACCCAAUUAGAAUCUAUGAAGCAACUACUAGUUUCUGAGACCAAGCAAAUUGGGAAUGGAAAAGGGCAUAUUACUCUCAAAGUCCCAAAGCAUCUGCAUACCUCAAUUGAAAUGAGCCUCUGGAAUGUGUUGUCUAUCAAGUAUUUUGUCUACCUCCAAAUCAAAGCCCAAUCUACGACGAAAUGGGUUGAUAUCUAUCAGCCACUUGUAUUAACAAGUGACCAUGUGAAGGGAAAAGAAGGGCAUCCUGAUAAGCAGGAGGCUUUUCGUUUGCAUAAGCGGGCUACGGACAAAAAUGAUGACAGCGAGGAUGACGACGACUACGACUCGGAAAUUGAUGACCUAGAUGAAGCAACAAAAGCACAGGAUAUUGAUGCAAAAGAAAGAGGCUUAUAUUCUAUUGAUAUUGAUGGACUACACAUCGUUUCUGAUGAAGGGCUGCAAAAUGCCUACUGCGAGAUCGCCUUUGUUGUUAAUGCAAGAGAACCGCGGCCGUUACGUUCUAUUCGACUUCUCAUGAUUGGGGAAUGCCGGGCGGGCCUCUCUUGGUUUGAAUUUAUCCGCUACAAGGCUAUAGCAACCACCGAUCCCCAGACGCUCUUCUCCCCUGGCGAGCAUCGAAUUAAGAUCAGUCUGCCGUUUUUGGAUAACCAGUACGAUACUCAUAUACUUCCACCUUCGCUAGGGGAAGAUGUGAAGUAUUCGAUAAAAGUUAGUACGGUAUCAUGGAAAGUCAACCAGGUGGAAGCUGCAAGAGAUUUUCAAGUGACCAGAUGGGUGGAUACUUGGGCCCGGGAGGAAUUCAAAGCUUCGUUUCACGAGCAGCUUGGAAAAUUUGGAAUGACAAUGACCCAGAGGUGUUUUCAAAGGGGCAAAUGGGUCUUUGCGACAAUCUAUGGGCCGGCGAAGAAAGUUCGGCUUGCUCUGAUACAGCAGAGGCGACUACGGCAACCCGGGCUGACACAUGAUGGGAGCUAUUGUACUGAACGGAUCGUUACUUCUGUGGAUAGUCCAGAAGAUUCUGAUAUGUGGCCUGAGGAAUGGGCACUUCAUAUUCCACCCCAUAUAACACCAUCAAUUGAAGUCAGCUAUUGGAACGUUGUGGUGAUAUCUUACGCUUUGGAGACGAUCUCUAUUGCCGAAGAUGGACAUGAACAUCGACACAUUGUGCCAAUAUGGAUUGGAUGCACUGAUGAUAGACUGGGACCUCCUAAAGAUCCGCCAGUUCGGGAAGGACAACCUGGAGUUGAUUAUGUUGAUCCUAUCGAAGAACUACCCGAAUUUGAGGUGGUCAUCCCAGAAACCAUUCAUGAACACCCCUUCUGGGUUCAACGCCUAAACGACGACACCUACAAUGAGAUCCCCGUCAAUUGGCAGAGGGAACACCCGGAAUAUUUUGCUGAUAAA